UGGGGGGGUAACCCGAGAGGCAGAAUCUCCAGGUCUGUGAUCCCUGGAUUCCUGCCGAAGGGCCUGAAGCAUGGAGGAAGGGGUCCCGGGGGUUGUGGCCGUGGUGCACCUGCUGGUCCUGUCCGGGGCCUGGGGCAUGCAGGUGUGGAUGACUUUCGCCUCAGGCUUUUUGCUUUUCCGGAACCUUCCCCGGCACACUUUCGGCCUGGUGCAGAGCAAGCUGUUUCCUUUUUACUUCCACACCUCCCUGGCCUGCGCCCUCAUCAACCUCUUCAUCUGGCUUUCACAGAAGAAGUGGGCCCAGUUCACCUGGUGGGAUGUCGGCCAGCUGCUCCUGCUGGCCGCCUCCACCAUUCUGGCCGCCCUGAAUGCCCGCUGGUUGGGCCCCCGCACCACGGCCGCCAUGUGGGCGCUGCAGGCGGCAGAGAAGGAGCGAGGCCUGGGCCGCGAGGUGCCCGGCAGCCAGGGGGGCCCCGACCCCUACCUCCAGCUGCGCGCCCGGGACCCCGAGUACGCGGCGCGGCGCCAGGCCUUCGUGCGCGCCCACGGGCUGUCCUCACUCUGCAAUCUGGGCUGCCUGCUGGCCAGCGGGCUGGGGCUGGCGGGGCUCGGCCUGGGGCUGCGAGCCAUCUAGGGGUCCCCCCGCACCCCCAGCCCCCCCAAUAAACCACGUGUGUGCCCGCUUGAGAA